GACCAGGCGGCGGCGGCGGCGGCUCUGCUGAGGUGACAACGUGCUAGCAGCCCUCGCUCGCUCUCGGCGCCUCCUCGGCCUCGGCGUCCGCUCUGGCCGCGCUCGAGGAGCCUUUCAGCUCGCCGCUGCGCUAUGAGGGCCCCUCUCUGGGGCUGGCCGAGGCCGGAGCCGGCUCCCUCUGCUCACGGGGAAGUGUGAAGAGAGGCGCGAGCGGGAGCCGGGGCUGAGCGCGGCGCUCGCGGACCGGCGCGGGUUCCAGGUGAGCGCGGGCUUGGCGCGCCCCGCACUCGGCGCGGCCGGCCGGCGCCUGCUGGGCUUGAUCGGAGGCUGAAUCCCGUGCGUGGACCGCCGUUCCCUCUUCGCGGGAUCGUUGGCCACGAUAGCAGAUGCAUUUUUGUAGAAGCAUUUUGAGGAUGAAUGUUUGCAAAUCAUUUUGAAAUUGCCAAGUGCAACAUACAUGGAAUGUAUCCUGCUUUUAUCUUGGAGUUCACCUGUGUGGCUUGGAUUUAUCACAGUAGCAUUUGUCUUCAAUCUGUGUGUUAACUAGAAAUCAAAGAAAGACAUGAGGAGAUUUGUUUACUGCAAGGUGGUUCUAGCCACUUCAUUGAUGUGGGUUCUUGUUGAUGUCUUCUUACUGCUGUACUUCAGUGAAUGUAACAAAUGUGAUGAUAAGAAGGAGAGAUCUCUGCUGCCUGCAUUGAGGGCUGUUAUUUCAAGAAACCAAGAAGGGCCAGGAGAAAUGGGAAAAGCUGUGUUAAUUCCUAAAGAUGACCAGGAGAAAAUGAAAGAGCUGUUUAAAAUCAAUCAGUUUAACCUGAUGGCCAGUGAUUUGAUUGCCCUUAAUAGAAGUCUGCCAGAUGUAAGAUUAGAAGGAUGUAAGACAAAAGUCUACCCUGAUGAACUUCCAAACACAAGUGUAGUCAUUGUGUUUCAUAAUGAAGCUUGGAGCACUCUCCUUAGAACUGUUUACAGUGUGAUAAAUCGUUCCCCACACUAUCUACUCUCUGAGGUCAUCUUGGUAGAUGAUGCCAGUGAAAGAGAUUUUCUCAAGUUGACAUUAGAGAAUUACGUGAAAAAUUUAGAAGUGCCAGUAAAAAUUAUUAGGAUGGAAGAACGCUCUGGGUUAAUACGUGCCCGUCUUCGAGGAGCAGCCGCUUCAAAAGGGCAGGUCAUAACUUUUCUUGAUGCACACUGUGAAUGCACGUUAGGAUGGCUGGAGCCUUUGCUGGCAAGAAUAAAGGAAGACAGGAAAACGGUUGUCUGCCCUAUCAUUGAUGUGAUUAGUGAUGAUACUUUUGAAUAUAUGGCUGGGUCAGACAUGACUUAUGGGGGUUUUAACUGGAAACUGAAUUUCCGCUGGUAUCCUGUUCCCCAAAGAGAAAUGGACAGGAGGAAAGGAGACAGAACAUUACCUGUCAGGACCCCUACUAUGGCUGGUGGCCUAUUUUCUAUUGACAGAAACUACUUUGAAGAGAUAGGAACUUACGAUGCAGGAAUGGAUAUCUGGGGUGGAGAGAAUCUUGAAAUGUCUUUUAGGAUUUGGCAAUGUGGAGGCUCCUUGGAGAUUGUUACUUGCUCCCAUGUUGGUCAUGUUUUUCGGAAGGCAACUCCAUACACUUUUCCUGGUGGCACUGGUCAUGUCAUCAACAAGAACAACAGGAGACUGGCAGAAGUUUGGAUGGAUGAAUUUAAAGAUUUCUUCUACAUCAUAUCCCCAGGUGUUGUCAAAGUGGAUUAUGGAGAUGUGUCAGUCAGAAAAACACUAAGAGAAAAUCUGAAGUGUAAGCCCUUUUCUUGGUACCUAGAAAACAUCUAUCCGGACUCCCAGAUCCCAAGACGUUAUUACUCACUUGGUGAGAUAAGAAAUGUUGAAAACAAUCAGUGUUUAGACAACAUGGGCCGCAAAGAAAAUGAAAAAGUGGGUAUAUUCAACUGUCAUGGUAUGGGAGGAAAUCAGGUAUUUUCUUACACUGCUGACAAAGAAAUUCGAACCGAUGACUUGUGCUUGGAUGUUUCUAGACUCAAUGGACCUGUAAUCAUGUUAAAAUGCCACCAUAUGAGAGGAAAUCAGUUAUGGGAAUAUGAUGCUGAGAGACUCACGUUGCGACAUGUUAACAGUAACCAAUGUCUCGAUGAACCUUCUGAAGAAGACAAAAUGGUGCCUACAAUGCAGGACUGUAGUGGAAGCAGAUCCCAACAGUGGCUGCUAAGGAACAUGACCUUGGGCACAUGAAGACCAUGUCCUCCAAGCCAUGAAAGUGUCUACACUUUUGUUUUUCCAUUAUUUCAAUUGAGGGAAAAUAUUGACUUUGCUGAAUUGAAAGUUUUAAAAAUCCUUUUAGUAUUCUAAAACACAAUUGUUUCUAAUUCGUUUCUAGAAAUGUUUGCUUAUUUCCCUACUAAAAUUUGUAUCUGAUCAAAGCACAUAAAAAUAUAAAUAAUAGCAAACUAUUAUUAAACAACAGAACAACUUGUAAAACAAACUGCUUUAAGAAAAAUCUUUAUUGCACUCAUGUCAUAGGGUCAAUUGGAGGUUAUUUUAAUUUUGGUUGUCAUGGUGAUUGAAAGAGAUCAUGUAAAUGCCUUAUAAAAUCAUCUUCAUUAUGAAAUAUUAUCAGUUGCUUUAUAAACUCACCCUUUUUACUGAUCCUUCAUGGAAACAUGUUUGAAUUCUAUGUCUACAACAGGGCCACAUAUUAAAUUAUUUCUGAAUGGUGAAUUCAUCCUACAAAAUGUUCCAAGUUUUGGACAAAGAAAAACAUUACAUUGGAUAUUAAAUUCAUAGAGCCUUUACAUAAGCAUCACAUUUAAACCAAUGUGAAUCCAAAAAAGAGAAGGAAAUGUUUAAAUUCAAUUUAAAGUACAUAAAAAAAAGAAAUCCGUGAAGCACUGAGGGGAACAAGACGAGUCUAAUCCACAGCGCUUCAAUCAUUGUGAGAGAACUCAAAGUGGGUUGCAAUUAUUCCUAACACAAGCUGAAGCUAAACAAUCUUGCUUCCAGAGUUUAUGUUGGAAACUCAAUUCUUAACCAAAAUCUUGGUCUCCACAAACUCUACCAUCCCUUUUCUCUUUACUCCAUAGACAGUGGCAUGCCACUGAUGCUGUACAGAAUUGUAGGUGAAAGGGAGAAUUUUAGACUUAAUUUUUAACUCUAUUGCACGUAAAGAUUUUAGUUAGGUCACCACCGUCAUUUUCAUUUUCUAUGUUAAAGAAUACCUUUCAGUGCUAUGCUCCAAUAUCUAAAAAUUUUAUCACCAGGGGAAUAAACUCAACACACAUUCAUUAAACUUUUAUUGUAAUUAAACUGCUAUAUAUUGUUUGCCAUAUAUUAUGGCCCGAGGAGCAUAGUUAUAAUUAGGCUAGAUUCACAUUUUCUUUUCUCAUCUUAAAACCCUUUAUGUUCAAAAUACAUUAACAGAGGCCAUGAAAAGGAAAAAAAAAUCGGAAUUUUGCUAAUAAGUUUUUGUAUUUGACAGCAUUUAAAAUGCUCAUAGAGUUACCCUAUAUAUGUAUGUUAUUCAUUAUAAAUGCACUCAGCAGCUAAGAGAAAUUCGAGAGGAAAAAUGGAAGAAGUGUUUUCUGGAGCAGAAGAUUCCACUUCUUUGGUCCUCAUCUUUACUUAAAAAGCUCUUAUAGAAAGAAUUAAUCAUUCUGACUGCAUACAAACUCUCUAUGUCUGUGACUUGCACAUACACUGCUUUAUAAUGAAAAUGAGGACGCUUUCUGAUCGUCAGUAAAAUCUUAAAUGAUUUUUGCAACUGGUAUUCCUUCCUCUUUUGACUUUUUAUUGGUACAACUCUAGGGAAGAAUCUGCAACCUGGAGCAUUUCAGGUUUGCUCUUUAAGUAUAGACACCCCUCACCAUGAGCUCUCUGGGAAUCCGUGACUUUCCUAAAAUUGUAAGCAAAAUGUUGAAUAUCAGGGCAUUUUUUUCUGAGGUGGGAGUAUGUCACUCACAGCAAACUUGGAAAGAAGGCUAUGACUCACAAGAGGCAGUGAACCAUUGCCUUAAAUUAUUAGCAGCCUCUCAAGUCCAUUGAGGCCUCAUGUAAAAUUCCCAUCUUUCAUUUUUACACUCCUCUUCUCCCCUCAAUUCCUUUUCUCCUGACUAAGGUAAAAAGACCCUGCACAGCAUUAUUACUUAAGUUGAAAAAGCUUCAACUCUCAAGGACUCAUGUAUACCAUAUGUUCCACUUAUUGAUUUGUCAGUCAAAAUGCAUGUUAUGUAGAAAAUGGUCAAUGGCAAAUUUUUAUAAAUACAGCUACCCCAUCAAAGCUGAACUUAAAACAUUUUAGCAGCAUUUUAAAUAUGUGAAAGUUCGUUAUGGUCAUGGUGAGAAAACUAAAACUACAUGAGUUUCAUGCUAGAAAAGAAUUUUUAAAGAAUCUUCAGAUGGCUUGAACGCAUGCCAUUAUAGUAUCUAACAAAAAGUGGCAUAAAAUAUAAAACACCCAACACUAGAAAGCAAUGACUAACAUAUAAUUCGUUUUCAAAAAUGUUUAUUGUCUUUAGUACAAAAAGUUAAAACCAUGACUGGAUUCAUAAUGCAUUUGUCUUAUAGAUCCCUUAUUUAUGGAGCUAGACUGACAUAUUUCAAACCAAUCUCUUCUGUGAUCUUCUCCAUCUCAGUUAAUGCAACUUCAGCCUUCCAGAUGCUCAGGUCAAAAACUGAAAGUUGCUUUUGACUCCUCUAUUUCUGUUUCAACUUUCAUCUAAUCCAACAGCAAAUUCCCUUGAUGCUACCUUUGAAAUAUAACUAGAAAAGAAUGACUUGCCGCCACAUCCACUAGGUGUCACUACCUCUAACCUUUUUCAUCGCAAUAUGCUUAUUAUUUAGUUCCCUAAUUUCCUAGCCCUUGUCUUGAACAAUCUUUUCUCAAUACACCAGCCAUAGUGAUUCUGUUAACCAUGAAUUUGAUUGUGUCAUUUCCCUGCUCACAAUCUUCCAAUGACUUCUCCCUCCAGUGGCCUUCAAGGUCCUUCAUGAGUGUUACCCCUCUACACAUCCACACCACUCACCACACAUACAUAAACAUGCACACACACACAGAUACAAUUCCACAUUUUUCUAACGCCAUCUCUUAUCUCUUAUUAUUCUGCCUCUUACUUACCCCACUAUGGCUCCCAAGAAAGUUCCCACUUGAGUGUUUUGUUCCCUCUGCCCCAGAGAGCUCCCCUUAGUGGUCUCAGUUAGAACAUUAUCUUAUCAGUAAGACAAACCCUUCUCCCAUCUGCCCUCCCUAUCCCCUGUACCUGACAAUCUAAAAGUUUGCUUCUUUAUUUCUGUCUACACUUCCCCCUCCCCAGCCCCAAACAUGCCCAUCACAUGCCCUAGAAGGUAAGUCCCAUGAAGGCAGGGGCUUUGUCAGUUUUGUUCAUUUGGUAUUUCUGGCAUAUGUAUUCUUUAAAUAUUUCUUGAAUUAAUGAACUGAAAAAUGUGUGUUAAAGUUGCUAAGUGUUACUGUAUCAUACUUUUUUUGUAUUUUAAAAUUUAAAAUAAAGGCUAAUAUAUUUAGACAGGAUUUCCAAUAACUUUGUCUUCAAGUUAUAAUUUUCUUCGUAAUAUUCUUCACAUUAAACUGUGGACUAUAUAUUUUCUGGAUAAAAUAUCCUGCCUUAUGGAAAUGAAAUAUGAUAUUUUAUUAAAAUGCUGCUAUAUUA